AUGUGGAGUGAGCACAAGCUCAUUUUGACAAUUGCUACCCCUCUUCUUUGUGCUUUACUUCUAUUUACAUUCAUCGGGAUCCUCAUCAUGUAUAAAUGCAGAAAGAUGAAUCCAAUGACAGUAGAUGAUGAUUUGCUCACCAUACUCGAUGGAAAACUCAGGUAUAAAGACAUCUUAGAGGCCACAAAUGGAUUUGAUCCAGCUUUUUGUAUUGGAAAGGGAGGGUGUGGAAAGGUUUACAAGGCACAACUUUCAUUAGAAAAAAUAAUAGAAGGGAAAAGACUUCAUUCCUCAUUUGAAAUGCUUACAGUAGCAAUCAAAAGACUUCAUUUAUCAUCUGAAACGGCAAACUUUGAAGCUUUCCUGAGUGAAAUAAGAGCAUUGACAGAAAUCAGGCAUCGGAACAUUGUGAAACUUUAUGGCUUCUGCUCAAAUGAUCAAAACUCACUUUUGGUCUAUGAAUACCUUGAUAGAGGUAGUUUGGCAAAAACCCUAAGCAUCGAUGAAGAAGCUAAGAAAUUGGAUUGGCCUAAAAGGGUUAAUAUCUUGAAGGGCGUAGCUCAUGCUUUAUCUUACAUACAUCAUAGUUGUUCUCCUCCAAUUGUUCAUCGAGACAUAUCCAGCAACAACAUUUUGCUUGAUUCACAGUACGAGGCUCAUGUUUCAGAUUUUGGUACUGCUAAGUUUCUAAAAUGCGAUUCAUCGAAUUUCAGCUCUCUUGCAGGCACAUAUGGUUAUUUCGCUCCUGAACUUGCAUACACAAUGAAGGUUACUGAAAAGUGCGAUGUGUAUAGCUUUGGAGUGUUAGCAUUGGAAGUGAUCAAAGGAAAGCAUCCUAGUGAAUACAUUCAAUACUUAACAACUCUAUCAAAUGGAGAUUUACGGAUGGAAGAUCUGUUGGAUCCGCGCAUUCUUUAUCCCACUCGAGAAGAAGAAGUUAUUUUGAUGUCCGUUGUUAAACUUGCAAUUGAAUGCCUGCACUCCAAUCCACAACAUCGGCCAACUAUGUACAAUGUUUCUGAUAUGCUAGUGCACCGACCACCUUCAAAUGAGUGA